GGGCGCCGGCGAGCGAGCCACGGCCGCGGCGGGAGGCGCCAUCCCGGGGCCGCAGGGCAGCCGCGGCGCGCCUCGCCCUCCGCGGGGCUCGCAGCCGCCUUCCCCGCCGACCCGGCCGCAUCCUUCCCGCGGCGGGGACAGAAGCUCCCCGCUCCGCGGAGCAGAGACUCCUCUUUUUUCCUUCUCGGGAGGGUGUCGCCACCUGGAUUGCCAAGUGUUAGGGGGUCCGGGAGGCGGGGACCGGAGCACCGUGACCCACCAUGGCUCAGGCGGCCAAACAGCUGAAGAAAAUCAAAGACAUCGAGGCGCAGGCCCUCCAGGAGCAGAAGGAGAAGGAGGAAUCCAACAGGAAGCGGAGGAACCGCUCCCGUGAUCGCAAGAAGAAGGCCGAUGCUGCUACCAGCUUUCUCAGGGCAGCAAGAUCAGGUAACUUGGACAAAGCUUUGGAUCACCUGAGGAAUGGGGUAGACAUUAAUACCUGUAACCAGAAUGGGCUGAACGGCCUGCACCUGGCCUCGAAGGAAGGCCAUGUGAAGAUGGUGGUUGAACUCCUGCACAAAGAAAUCAUUCUAGAAACAACAACCAAGAAAGGGAACACGGCUCUGCACAUCGCCGCCCUCGCUGGUCAGGACGAGGUGGUCCGGGAGCUGGUCAACUAUGGAGCCAACGUUAACGCUCAGUCACAGAAAGGUUUUACACCCCUGUACAUGGCAGCACAAGAGAAUCACUUGGAAGUGGUUAAGUUUUUACUGGAAAAUGGAGCUAAUCAGAACGUAGCCACAGAAGAUGGCUUCACUCCUCUAGCCGUGGCUCUGCAGCAGGGCCACGAGAACGUAGUGGCACACCUCAUCAACUACGGGACGAAGGGGAAGGUGCGUCUCCCUGCCCUGCACAUCGCCGCCCGCAAUGACGACACCCGGACAGCUGCAGUGCUUCUGCAGAAUGACCCCAACCCAGACGUGCUUUCCAAGACGGGAUUUACCCCCCUCCACAUCGCAGCUCACUACGAGAACCUCAACGUGGCCCAGUUACUCCUCAACAGGGGAGCCAGUGUCAAUUUCACACCACAGAACGGCAUCACGCCACUGCACAUCGCCUCCCGCAGGGGGAAUGUGAUCAUGGUGCGACUACUGCUGGACCGCGGAGCCCAGAUAGAAACAAGGACCAAGGAUGAAUUGACACCUCUCCACUGUGCAGCUCGGAAUGGGCAUGUGCGAAUCUCAGAGAUCCUGCUGGACCACGGAGCACCCAUCCAAGCUAAAACCAAGAACGGCUUGUCCCCAAUUCACAUGGCGGCUCAGGGAGACCACCUUGACUGUGUCCGACUUCUAUUGCAAUACAACGCAGAGAUAGAUGACAUCACCCUGGAUCACCUGACCCCACUUCACGUGGCAGCCCACUGUGGCCAUCACAGAGUAGCCAAGGUCCUUUUGGAUAAAGGGGCCAAACCAAACUCCAGAGCUUUGAAUGGCUUCACCCCCUUACACAUCGCCUGCAAGAAGAACCAUAUCCGUGUCAUGGAGCUGCUGCUGAAGACAGGAGCCUCCAUUGAUGCUGUCACUGAGUCUGGCCUGACACCUCUCCACGUGGCCUCCUUCAUGGGACACCUGCCCAUUGUGAAGAACCUCCUACAGCGGGGGGCAUCGCCCAAUGUCUCCAAUGUGAAAGUGGAGACCCCGCUACACAUGGCAGCCAGAGCAGGGCACACAGAAGUUGCCAAAUAUUUGCUCCAGAACAAAGCCAAAGUCAAUGCCAAGGCCAAGGAUGACCAGACCCCGCUUCACUGUGCAGCUCGCAUUGGCCACACAAACAUGGUGAAGCUCCUGCUAGAAAAUAAUGCCAACCCCAACCUGGCUACCACUGCCGGACACACCCCCCUGCACAUUGCAGCCCGAGAGGGCCACGUGGAAACGGCCCUGGCCCUUCUGGAAAAGGAAGCCUCCCAGGCGUGCAUGACCAAGAAAGGAUUUACCCCUCUCCAUGUGGCAGCCAAGUAUGGGAAGGUUAGGGUGGCAGAGCUGCUGCUGGAACGGGACGCACAUCCAAAUGCUGCCGGAAAAAAUGGCUUGACUCCUCUGCACGUGGCCGUCCAUCACAACCACCUGGACAUCGUCAAGCUGCUGCUUCCCCGGGGCGGCUCUCCUCACAGCCCCGCUUCGAAUGGCUACACCCCUUUGCACAUUGCUGCCAAGCAGAACCAAAUAGAGGUGGCCCGCAGUUUGCUGCAGUAUGGGGCGUCUGCAAAUACAGAGUCAGUGCAAGGCGUGACACCCCUUCACCUGGCUGCCCAGGAGGGUCAUGCAGAGAUGGUGGCUCUGCUACUCUCCAAACAAGCCAAUGGCAACCUGGGGAACAAGGUAAACAUGGCACCAAUGCACAUAGUGGCUCUUGGUGUGCCCAGAAGCCCUGCUAGUCACCCAUUCUCAUGUCUUGCUUUUCAGAUGGGUUACACUCCCCUCCAUGUGGCCAGUCAUUAUGGAAAUAUCAAGCUGGUGAAGUUUCUGCUACAGCACCAGGCAGACGUCAAUGCCAAGACUAAGCUAGGGUACAGCCCCUUGCACCAGGCAGCACAACAAGGACAUACAGACAUUGUGACACUGCUUCUCAAAAAUGGUGCUUCCCCAAAUGAAGUCAGCUCGUUAGUCAGUGACAAGCACCGGAUGAGUUUCCCUGAGACAGUAGAUGAGAUCCUGGAUGUCUCUGAAGAUGAAGGAACUGCUCAUAUAACUAUAAUGGGGGAAGAACUUGUUGGCUCCAAGGCUGAGAAGCAGGAAUCCAGGGAUAUAGAUGAAGAGAAAGAGCUGCUGGAUUUUGUGCCGAAGCUAGACCAAGUGGCAUCUAAAGAGUAUGAUGAAGACUCACUCAUCCCCAGCAGCCCAGCCACAGAGACCUCAGAUAACAUCAGCCCGGUGGCCAGCCCCGUCCACACAGGGUUUCUGGUGAGCUUCAUGGUGGACGCUCGGGGAGGCUCAAUGCGGGGGAGCCGUCACAAUGGCCUGAGGGUGGUGAUCCCGCCUCGGACAUGUGCGGCACCCACUCGCAUCACCUGCCGCCUGGUCAAGCCACAGAAGCUGAGCACGCCGCCCCCGCUUGCCGAGGAGGAAGGCCUGGCCAGCAGGAUCAUUGCGCUGGGGCCCACAGGGGCCCAGUUCUUGAGCCCUGUGAUUGUGGAGAUCCCCCACUUUGCUUCCCAUGGCCGCGGGGACCGGGAGCUUGUGGUGCUGCGGAGUGAAAACGGCUCCGUGUGGAAGGAACACAAGAGUCGCUACGGAGAAAGCUACCUGGAUCAGAUCCUCAACGGGAUGGACGAAGAGCUCGGGAGUCUGGAAGAGCUGGAGAAGAAGAGGGUCUGCCGCAUCAUCACCACGGACUUCCCCCUGUACUUCGUGAUCAUGUCACGGCUCUGCCAGGACUAUGACACCAUCGGCCCUGAAGGGGGCUCUCUGAAGAGCAAGCUGGUCCCCCUGGUGCAGGCGACAUUCCCAGAAAAUGCUGUCACCAAGAGAGUGAAACUGGCUCUGCAGGCCCAGCCUGUACCAGAUGAACUGGUCACCAAACUCCUGGGCAACCAAGCCACGUUCAGCCCCAUUGUCACCGUGGAGCCACGGCGCCGGAAGUUCCACCGCCCCAUCGGGCUUCGGAUCCCACUCCCUCCUUCCUGGACGGACAAUCCGCGGGACAGUGGAGAGGGAGACACCACCAGCCUGCGCCUGCUCUGCAGUGUCAUUGGAGGAACAGAUCAAGCCCAGUGGGAAGAUAUAACAGGAACAACCAAGCUCGUGUAUGCCAAUGAGUGUGCCACCUUCACCACCAAUGUCUCUGCCAGGUUUUGGCUGUCAGACUGUCCUCGGACUGCUGAGGCUGUGAACUUCGCCACUCUGCUGUAUAAGGAGCUUACUGCAGUGCCCUACAUGGCCAAGUUUGUCAUUUUCGCCAAGAUGAAUGACCCCCGAGAGGGGCGGCUGCGCUGCUACUGUAUGACGGAUGAUAAGGUGGACAAGACCCUUGAGCAGCAUGAGAACUUUGUCGAGGUGGCCCGGAGCAGGGACAUAGAGGUUUUAGAAGGAAUGCCCCUGUUUGCGGAACUUUCUGGGAACCUGGUACCUGUCAAAAAAGCUGCCCAGCAGCGGAGUUUUCACUUCCAGUCAUUUCGGGAGAACCGUUUGGCCAUUCCCGUAAAGGUGAGGGACAGCAGUCGAGAGCCAGGCGGGUCUUUGUUAUUUCUGCGCAAGGCAAUGAAGUAUGAGGACACCCAGCACAUCCUCUGCCACUUGAAUAUCACCAUGCCCCCCUGCAUCAAGGCGAGUGGAGUCGAUGACAGGAGAAGGACUUUGACACCGCUGGCCCUGAGAUACAGCAUCCUCAGCGAAUCAACACAGGGUUUUCUCAGUGGGACAGACCGAGCAGAUAUGAAGAUGGCUAUUAUAUCAGAACACCUUGGCCUCAGCUGGGCAGAGCUGGCCCGGGAGCUUCAGUUCAGUGUGGAAGACAUCAACAGGAUCCGCGUAGAAAACCCCAACUCGCUGUUGGAGCAGAGCGCAGCCUUGUUGAACCUCUGGGUCAUCCGUGAAGGCAAAAAUGCAAAGAUGGAGAACCUGUUCGCCGCCCUGAGGAACAUUGACCGCAGCGAGAUUGUGAACAUGUUGGAAGGCUCUGGCAGACAAAGCCGCAACCUGAAACCAGACCGGCGGCACACAGAACGGGAAUACUCGUCCUCGCCCUCCCAGAUGAAUGGUUACUCCUCGCUGCAGGACGAGCUGCUGUCCCCUGCCUCCCUGCACUACGCGCUUCCCUCUCCACUGCGUGCAGACCAGUACUGGAACGAGGUGGCCGUCAUAGAUGCCAUCCCCUUGGCGGCCACGGAGCAUGACGCCAUGCUGGAGAUGUCUGACAUGCAGGUGUGGUCCGCGGGCCUCACACCCUCUCUGGUCACUGCUGAGGACUCCUCUCUGGAGUGCAGCAAGGCCGAGGACUCUGACGCCACUGGCCACGAGUGGAAGCUGGAGGGGGCGUUCUCCGAGGGACCCCAGGGCCCCACGCUGGGCUCUCUGGAGCUUGUGGAGGACGACACAGUGGAUUCGGAUGCCACAAAUGGCCUUAUCGAUUUGCUUGACCAGGAGGAAGGUCAGAGGUCAGAAGAGAAGCUGCCAAGUCGUAACAGGCAGGAGGACUCGACAGGUGCAGGGCAGGACUCAGAGAAUGAAGUGUCUCUUGUUUCAGGCCAGCAGAGGGUGCAAGCCCACAUCACAGAAUCCCCCACCGUGAGUCGGGUGAUGGAGACCAGCCAGGACAGACUGCAGGACUGGGAUGGAGAAGGUUCCAUUGUCUCGUACCUGCAAGAUGCUGCACAAGGUUCCUGGCAAGGGGAGGUCAUGCAAGGCCCACACUCACUCCAGAGAACAGUCACCACCAUCAAAGGGCUAGAGCCCAGUGAGUCUCGUCAGUAUGAGAAGGUCGUGGUGUCUGCGACUGAGCACAUGCGGCCAGAGCAGCCCGAGGCUGAGAGCCUACAGGCUGACAGGGAACGGAGGCGACAAGGACACCGAGAGUGGGUGCAGGAGGCCGAGAGCACAUUCUCCCAGGUGGUACAGGGAAGUGAGCUUCAGAAUAUUCCAGGGGAGCAGGUGACUGAGGAACAAUUCACAGAUGAUCAGGGCAACAUCGUCACCAAGAAGAUCAUUCGCAAAGUUGUUCGGCAGAUAGACUCAUCUGGUGCCGAUGACACCCAGGAGCGUGAGGAGGUGAUUGUUGAGGGGCCCCCAGAGGAUCCUGGGGAGAUGGAAGCCGAUAUUGAUUACUUUAUGAAACACGCCAAGGUGGAGCUGAGAGGGAGUAGCCUGCAGCCGGACCUGAUAGAGGGCAGGAAAGGGGCUCAGAUAGUGAAGCGGGCCAGCCUGAAAAGGGGGAAACAGUGAUCUCAAGCAAGCCCCCACCCUUGAAUGGCCUCGUUGGAGGAUCACACCUCAACACCCAACCCUUGAACUCCACACACUCUGCCAUGCACACAGGAGGAGAGCUGGACCGGAGGGCUCCACAAGUGGCGCACAUGUUCCUCUAGGCUAACGGCAUGAUCUCCGUAAGGGACUUCCUUUAGUCUCCUAUUCGCAUGAACGACUGACUGUAGACGCAUGACCUACAGUCCUCAAUCCUGCCUCUAGCGAAGACGACGGAUCUCUGUCGGGAAUCAGGACAAAAGCAGCAAGAAGUGGGGAGAGAGAGAGAGAGGGAUAGAAAAACAAAUGCAAGAGAGCGCAUGAACGCAGACGUGAACAAGGGCUCUUUGUGGCUGGGGAUGAUAUAUUUUUAAAAAUCAUUUUAAUUUCAACUUCUUACAGGGUACUUAUUUUUUCAACCUCAUCUGUAAGAAAUCCAUGUGGGCUUCCUGGAAAGAAAAAAAAAUGAGAACUAGGCACGAAAUCAGUUCAGCACCUCUUACUCCCAUGUCCUCAUCUGCCAGCCUUCCCCACACACACCUCCAUUCCAUUUGUGAUCGGACCCUCCCUCUGCCCAGUGGACCGCUCCCCCCAGAACGCUCUACAUGACAUUCAGGACACACACACACGCGCGCACACACGCACCUCUCCCCUCUACUCAGUAUACACACAGAUUUUACUGUGAUGUCCGAAGCUGUAUAGAAUCUCCUGUGGAUAAACUGGAAUUUUUUAUGUUCUCGCUCUCUCUCUCUCUCUCUCUCUCUCUCUCUCUCUCUCUCUCUCCUUCUCCUUCUCUCCUUCUCUCUCUCAGUUUCAGUAUUAAUCAUCUUCCAAUGGAAAAUCAUUACCUUUAGAGUGCAUUCGGGGUUCCUUGUGUUAGGAACUUAAGAAUCUGAGGUGAGGACCCCAGGCUUAGCUGUAGGGCUCAAGGGAGCCAGCGCCCCAUCUGAAAGGGUCUGCUCUCUCAGUUGGCGGCUGUCCCAGGAUUGCACCAGCAUGUUCACUAGAGAAGAGGUUUUCUAUAUCUUCAAGCACUUAUAUCAUAGUCUGUGUUCAAAGUGUAAACUGUACAGUAAUCAGCCUUGUGUAUAUGAAAAAUAAUAAAUACUAUGCAAACCAAUAGAAACACUUUAGCAGUAUGUGCAAAGCACUAACAGCUCAGCUCCUGAGGACUUCUCCAGGCUGCAGGAGAAGGAGCUAUAGCCUGUCUUUCAGUGAAAGAGGAAGGAAGGGAGUAGGGCUGGUGAAUGUAUGUAUCUGUGGGUUCUCAGAAGUCAGCCACCACCCCCAAGGUCUCCCAGAGCUAACUUGGUGCUCUAAGUCCUGGCAGCCGGCAGGAUGGGGGGCCUAGGCUGGACAGCCUCAGUGCCCCCACUCUGACCAAGCCCCUCAGCCCCACCUGGAGAGGCGGGGCAAGGGCCCGCUCCUGAUCACAAGCCCAAGGGAGGAGAGCCGGAGGAAGAGAAAGCAGUGACCAACAGGAGGCCCUGGGCUAAGAAGGAGACCCUCCUAGGCCAGGCCCCCCGGUCAGGGCAGGAAGGAAGCAGACAGCUGGCUGUUCCUCACCUCGGUGCCACCAGGGAAGAGCCUUAAAGUUACACUAGAGCCCCCGGCAGAGGGAGGCCCGAAUCAGCACAAUCCGGCCCCGCCCUGCGCGGCGGGCGCCCUCCUGGGCCAGAGAGAGACUGGCAGGCUCUGCAGGCUGUCACAGAGCCACUGUUUGUGGGUGUCCAGUCACCCUCCUCCCUGCCGCUCUUCUGACGUGUCCUCAGAACACAUUCACACCUUCCAAGUAGCACAGAAGCUCCCUCAGUGUCCGAGCCCCCACGGUCCUGGUGCCUGUCGCCGGCCGCACAGGUCCCGGCGGAGCGGGGGCAGCCGGGCGGCCGAGCGGAGAGGGGAACCCAGGCUCAGCGGAGUCCUCGCCGGCCCGGCCGAGGCGCUCCUGUUGGUCCGGGCAGUUUCGCUUUUGCUUCCAGAGGGGCGGGCCAGGGAGGGAAAGGCCAAGCUCGCAGCCUCAGGUCCCCUGGGCUGUGACCAAAGAAGCGUAGCCCCCGCCCUCCCUGCGGGGCAGGAGCGCAGGGCUUCCUCGCAGCGGGUGGUGCGGCUCGGCUGGAGCGCGCGCCCGUCCCCGGGCACCCCUGGCCCGGCCACCUGGUCCAAGGAAGACAGGCGCAGGGCCGGCCUCCCGCCUCGAUCCUGUACCUUCCUGUCCCAGGCCGCCGCUGUAGCCGUCCCCAGUAGCCCCUCGCAGAGCCCCGCGCGGGCCCGCGGCCCCAGGCUAUGCUUUGGCACCUUCCGCUCCGUCCGGCAUGGCUGCUUGGCCCGGUAGCCCCGAGCCCUCGGCGGCAUGGCUGCCCGCUCCGGUUGCUAGUAGGAGCUGUUAGGGGAGGAGUUUGGGGUCUCCACACGAUGCCUAGAGAAUGCUGCAGUCUGCACAUUAGACGCUUUUUAGAAGUUUUGGAAUUACCUUGAUUUUUCUAAUUGUUAUGAAAUGAAUCUUUUCUUGACUCUCUCCCACAUGCUCUGUAAUCGGGAGAGAAUUCCCCGUGCCCACUCUGAUGUAUAGACCAUUCUCCCUACACCAGCUGAACAAAUGUCAAAAUUAAUAAAGAAAUUGACUCAUG